UCGGUAAAUUAAUACUACCCACCACACACUGGACCACAACAGGCGUACCUGCACUUUCUCCGGACUAGUAUAUUCACAACAAGGAAAGACAUUUGAACAUCGUUGUCCAAACAUGGCGUGCGGUCGCUACAGUGAGCACUAUGCCAACUCCGUCCGCCUGGCGGCGCUUCUGAUCAAGAAGGGAACGCCUACACUACUUACCUACUUGCUGGACAAUUUACCGAGGUGCGAUGAUUAUGACAAUCCCUGCAUACCUUGCACCCAUGAGUUCAGGACACACCACCUGAGACAUGUGCUGCAGCUGUACAGCCCCCUACUCAAGCACCUGCGCUUCGGUACAGGUGGUUACCAGAAAGUCCUAGGCCAGCAGGAGUACGAGCAGCUGUACCCCCUGUCAGGCAUCCCCUGUAACCCCCACCUCUUCAGCUUCAACCUCCUCUUCAAUCUCAUCCGCCAUAUUUGUGGCCAGCGGCCCGGCGACUGGCCCGGGUGGGACCGCGCUCCGCUCAUCACCGAGAAGUCCCCCGAGUUCGACGUCAUCCGGUUGAAACAGUUCCGCAACGUCCUGUACUCGCAUCUACCGAGGGGCGACGUUCGCGGGCCGGUUUUUACAAAAUGGUGGACGUACCUGUCCGCGGUGCUGAUCAGGCUCGGACUCAGGGAGUCGGAGAUCGAGAGAUUCAAGAUGGAGGUGGAAUUCGUGGACGAGGACACGGUGAAGUUUCUCGCGGAGAUGCAGCGACAGUACAAAGACGAGAACGAGACGCCGGCGAGCGAGAAAGACUACGCGUACAUUGACGUGAGGCUGAAGCCUGCGGAGGAUGGUGAAAUCGACAGGGUUUUUAACAGUGCGAGACAUGCAAGAGGAUACUGAUGUCAUACAGACAAUUUUUCUUUAUUCAGUUGAUUGUGUAUCAUGAAAAAUAUCAACUAAUGAAUUGUACAACUUUACAUGAAAAACAAUUCUACAUUCCAAAAUGUAAGGUAUGAUUGCACUUUUUUUUAAUGUCAGUUGCACUUUUAAACCUUUUCCAUAUCUUAGGUGACAUAACUCCUGGCUAACGACCUCAUAAACUACUUAUUUCGCUUCAAUAUGGUUUAUUCUGUGGCUAUAGAUCACUGGCUAUGCCUUAUGUCACCGUAAACACUUUGGACCCUGUCAUGAUCAUUAACCCUUAAACAACCAAUGGCAUAGGUUUUUAGCUGUGUUUCGAGAACUGUAAGUUAUGAUGAAGGCUACUAUGUCUAAAUGGACCAAUAUUUAAGAACUAAAACAACAAUACUAACUUGUGAUACAGUCUUCUAAAUUUACCGUAAAAUGUAGACAUGACGUGUCUAUAAAGAAUCCAUUUCUAAAUCUUACAGAACUCAUUUAUUUUUUUCUUUUAUCACACUGUAAAUAAAUACUGGUGAUCCUUUG